ACCCUCGAGGAUUUCCGGCCAGAGGUGUCGUACUGGCGUUCCAAAGGUGAUUCAAUUCUGGGCGAAAUAUUGUGAAAUAUCAAAUAUUUCUUCUUAAAUCUUAACACAAAAGUUACGUUGAUAGAAUUCACUGACUGCUGCAACAAUGACGGACUCGAAGUAUUUUACAACAACCAAGAAAGGUGAAAUAUUUGAACUGAAAGCUGAGUUGAACAGUGAGAAAAAAGAUAGAAAAAAAGAAGCUGUUAAAAAAGUGAUCGCUAGUAUGACUGUAGGGAAAGAUGUCAGUUCAUUAUUUCCUGAUGUUGUUAACUGUAUGCAAACUGACAACUUAGAGUUAAAGAAAUUAGUCUAUCUUUAUCUCAUGAAUUACGCUAAAUCUCAACCUGAUAUGGCUAUCAUGGCUGUAAAUACCUUUGUCAAGGACUGUGAUGAUCCAAACCCACUGAUCAGAGCUUUAGCUGUGCGUACUAUGGGUUGUAUCAGAGUGGAUAAGAUCACUGAGUAUUUGUGUGAGCCGUUAAGAAAAUGCUUGAAAGAUGAAGAUCCAUAUGUCAGAAAAACUGCUGCUGUCUGUGUUGCAAAACUUCAUGAUAUUAAUGCACAGCUUGUGGAAGAUCAAGGAUUUCUGGACCAAUUGAAAGAACUGCUCUCUGACUCUAAUCCUAUGGUUGUUGCAAAUGCUGUUGCUGCAUUGAGUGAGAUUAGUGAUGUGUCAACAUCUGCUGCUGAAGCAUUGGAACUUAAUUCACAGACAGUGAACAAAUUAUGCACAGCAUUAAAUGAAUGCACUGAAUGGGGUCAAAUCUUCAUUCUGGAUUGUUUGGCAACUUACAAUCCUCGUGAUGACAAGGAAGCUCAAAGUGUAUGUGAAAGAGUGACACCAAGACUGUCUCAUGCUAAUGCUGCUGUUGUUCUCUCGGCUGUAAAGGUUCUCAUGAAAUACAUGGAAAUCUUGGAGGGUUCCCCAUUCACUCAAAGCCUGAUAAAAAAACUGGCGCCACCACUUGUGACAUUACUGUCCAGUGAGCCUGAAGUUCAGUAUGUGGCCUUGAGGAAUAUAAACCUGAUUGUUCAAAAGAGACCUGAUAUUCUACGGAAUGAGAUGAAAGUGUUUUUUGUGAAGUACAAUGAUCCAAUAUAUGUGAAGCUGGAAAAGUUGGACAUCAUGAUUCGUCUUGCAAAUCAACAAAACAUCGCACAAGUCUUAGCUGAACUGAAAGAAUAUGCUACAGAAGUAGAUGUUGAUUUUGUGAGGAAAUCUGUAAGGGCAAUUGGUCGUUGUGCCAUCAAAGUUGAGCAAUCAGCAGAAAAGUGUGUCAGCACAUUGCUGGAUCUUAUCCAGACUAAAGUUAACUAUGUUGUGCAGGAGGCCAUUGUGGUUAUCAAGGAUAUUUUUCGUAAAUAUCCAAACAAGUAUGAGAGCAUCAUAUCAACCUUGUGUGAAAACCUAGACUCUCUUGAUGAGUCUGAAGCAAGAGCAUCAAUGAUUUGGAUCAUUGGAGAGUAUGCAGAGAGAAUUGAUAAUGCAGCUGAACUACUUGAAUCUUUCCUUGAAGGUUUCCAAGAUGAAAAUACCCAGGUUCAAUUACAACUGUUGACUGGAAUUGUAAAACUGUUUCUCAAACGGCCAUCUGAAACUCAAGAGUUGGUUCAACAAGUGCUGAGUCUUGCCACACAAGACAGUGAUAAUCCUGAUCUUAGAGAUAGAGGCUACAUAUACUGGAGAUUGCUUUCAACUGACCCUGCUGCUGCAAAGGAAGUUGUGUUGGCAGAGAAACCACUGAUCUCUGAAGACACUGACUUGUUGGAGCCAACCUUACUGGAUGAACUCAUAUGUCAUAUUUCAUCAUUGGCUUCAGUCUAUCAUAAACCACCCAGUGCCUUUGUUGAGGGCCGUACUUGUGCUCGUCGUUUUACAUUGCCUGCAAGAGCUGAACCAACCCCUCCUAGUGCACAGACUGAAUCAACCCCACCUGUUGCUCAACAAGCUACUGUCAUUCCUUCACAUCCACCACAAGGAGAUUCAUUGAUUGGUGAUCUCAUUGGAAUGGACUUUGGAGGUGGUAUGCCUGCUCAGCCUGCUGCACCCAUGCCACCUGCAGCUAUGAGUAACAGCCAUAGUGGAAUUGAUCUGUUGGGAGCUGAUCUUGGAGGUUUGCAGCUUGGCGGUGGAGUAUCUGGUGCUCCAGCCCCACCCAAUGCUGGCGUGGUACCAGGAUCAUCAGGUGGUCUUGGUGAUUUAUUCAGUUUGUCUGGUGGUGCUGGACUCACGGCUGGUCAUGUUACCUCCAAAGAGGUUUGGUUGCCAGCUGCGAAAGGAAAGGGUCUUGAAAUUUCUGGAACCUUCUCACGACGUCAAGGUCAAAUCUUUAUGGAAUGCUCAAUCGCCAAUCGAGCAAUGCAAGCUAUUGGGAAUUUUGCUAUACAAUUCAAUAAAAACAGUUUUGGUCUCGUCCCUGGAGCUCAAUUACAUGUUCCAAGUCCUUUACCUGCGAACCAAUCUGCUGAAACAUCUUUGUUGCUUACAACAACUGGUCCAAUUCAACGGAUGGAUCCUCUCACCAACAUUCAGGUCGCAAUUAAGAACAACAUUGAUGUAUUUUACUUCAGUUGCAUUGUUCCAAUGCACGUUCUUUUCAUCGAGACUGGUCAAAUGGAUCGUAAAGUAUUUUUAGCGAUGUGGAAAGAGAUUCCUGCAUCGAACGAAGUCCAGAAACAGUUCCAUUGUAAUAUCACUUCGGAAAUGGCUCAGCAAAAACUUGCUGCAAACAAUGUGUUCACUGUCGCCAAACGUACAGUGGAUGGUCAGGACAUGUUGUAUCAAUCCUUGAAAUUUACCAAUAACAUCUGGGUGUUGGCUGAACUGAAGAUGGAGCCUAAUAAUACCAAUGUUCAGUUGGCUUUGAAGACACAAGCAAUGGAUGUAGUCAAAGGCGUCCAAGAAGCCUAUGAAGCAAUUCUUUCAAGUUAAUUAAAAAUGAAUAACGAGCCACGCCAAACAAAGAGCCAUAAGACUUAAUUUUUCAAUAAUUCAUUUAGUAUUUGAAAUAAAGUAGUCAACAAUUUCUAA